CUUCUACACCUGCAUUGCUUGCUGUUUGGGGUUUUAGGCUGGGUUUCUGUACAGCACUUUGAGAUAUCAGCUGAUGUACGAAGGGCUAUAUAAAUAAAUUUGAUUUUGAUUUGAUUUAUUGGAAGCUAGUUUGUAGAUGACAUCGCCGAAGUCGAGGAUCGGUAGGAUAGUCAGUUUUACUAGGGUACGUUUGGCGGCGUGAGUGAAGGAGGCUUUGUUGCGAAACAGAAAGCCGAUUCUAGAUUUGAUUUUGGAUUGGAGAUGUUUAAUAUGAGUCUGGAAGGAGAGUUUACAGUCUAACCAGACAAGUUUAUACAACUAUUUAUAGUUGUCCACAUAUUCUAGGUCGGAACCGUCCAGGGUGGGUGCGGGCAGCGAACGGUUGAAAGCAUGCAUAUUUUGUAUUUAUUUUACCUUUAUUUAACUAGGCAAGUCAGUUAAGAACAAAUUCUUCAAUGACUGUUCUGGGGCAGAACGACAGAUUUGUACCUUGUCAGCUCGGGGGGGUUUGAACUUGCAACCUUCCGGUUACUAGUCCAACUCUCUAACCACUAGGCUACCUUGCCGGGGGGUGACUUCAAAUCCUCAGAUACUAAUAGGAUAUAGUGUCAUACCAUUCAUAUUUGCAUCAUUAGGGUGUUUUUCCGGCAGAACGCUACUUCCAGUGCAACCAGCUACUGACAGUACAACUUCACCUGACCCAGCCACAGCCCUGUGUCCCAUUCCAGGUGUCCAGGCUGCCCCUGCCCAGCGUGCAACACCUGACCCAGCUCCAGUCCUGGUCCUGCUGACGUGACUGUGGGGGACACACCAGACCUCAUCGGGGGCAAACACCAUUCCAGGGACACAUAAUUGGCGUAAUGAAUAGCUAUCCAGCGUUAGUUUUGCUCCGAACACCACCACGAAAGCGUACUGUAACUGGGGAGAAAGUGUAGUUCGUCAACUGGAGGCAUACACAACGUAUCGAUCUGUGCAAAUCUGCAACAUUGUCAUGAAACUUUGACAUGUUGGCACAGAAACUGCACCUGCUCCGACACAACGUCCUGUCAUUUGUAUCCUCUCGGACUGGCAGUGACCUCACCAGGCGCCAGUAUGAUGUCAUCGUAGUGGGGGGAGGACAUGCUGGGACUGAGGCGGCGGCCGCAGCAGCCAGAUUGGGGGCAGAGACUCUCCUCAUUACCCAGAAGAUCAUGACUAUCGGGGCCCUCUCCUGUAACCCAUCUCUGGGGGGCGUGGGGAAAGGCCAGCUGGUGAGGGAGGUGGAUGCUCUGGACGGUCUGUGUGGGCGAGCAGGCGACUCGGCCGGGGUCCACUUCUCCAUCCUAAACCGCAGCAAAGGGCCCGCUGUGUGGGGACCCCGGGCACAGCUGGACCGGGAACGCUACCGCCAAUUCAUCCAGUCAGAAUUGCUGUCCACUCCCAGGCUGACAGUGUUGGAGGGCUCAGUGGAUGAGUUGCUGGUGUCACAACCCAACCCAGAGGAGCCUGGACACCACAGAGUCACUGGGAUAAGACUGGUCGAUGGAAGCCACCCCAUCUUGUCCAGCUCAGUGGUACUUACCACUGGCACUUUCCUGUCUGGCUCCCUCUUCAUGGGCCAAACCACCUCUCCCGGGGGGAGGAUGGGGGAUGCUCAAUCAUGUGCCGGACUUUCAUACACACUGAAAGAGACAUUGGGGUUGAGGGUGGGUCGGCUGAGGACUGGCACACCCCCUCGGAUAGUGAAGGAGUCCGUGGAUCUGUCCUUGGCUCAGCUCCAAGCCCCGGACAAACAGCCCACUCCCUUCAGUUUUCUCAACACCCACACCCACUGCAAGCCAGAAGAGCAGCUCCCCUGCUAUCUGACCCACACCACGCCUGGAGUGGAGAGAGUGGUCAGGGAGAGUGUCCACCUCAACUGUCACAUACAGCAGGACGCCAAAGGUCCCAGAUACUGUCCUUCCAUCGAGUCGCGGGUGCUGCGGUUUCCGGGGCGAAGGCACCAGGUGUGGCUGGAGCCGGAAGGUUUGACCUCUGACCUGUUGUACCCCCAGGGCUUGUCCAUGACCAUGCCCCCUGACCUGCAGCUCCGCCUCCUUAGGGAGAUCCCCGCCUUGCACCGAGCCGAGAUCCGCACUCCUGGUUACGGGGUGCAGUAUGACUUCGUGUGCCCCACCCAGCUGACCCCGUCUCUGCAGGUGAAGAGCACGCAGGGGCUCUUCCUCGCGGGUCAAAUCAACGGCACCACGGGCUACGAGGAAGCAGCCGCACAAGGCUUGUGGGCGGGGGUGAAUGCAGGUCGGACGGCCCUCUCCCUGCCCCCCAUGGCACUGUCUCGUACCCAAAGCUACAUCGGGGUGCUGAUCGAUGACUUGGUGGGCCGAGGGGUGACAGAACCUUACCGCAUGUUCACCAGCCGCGCCGAGUUCAGAACCUACCUCAGGCCCGACAACGCAGAUCUCCGUCUCACCCCCAGAGGGUUUGAGGAGGUGGGCUGCGUGACUUUGCGGCGAUACAAGAAAGCGGUAAGUGUGAGGGACGGCCUCCAGGAAGCCCUGAUGGCCCUGCAGUCCGUGGCGCUAUCCUCCACCCGCUGGAGAGAGAAGCUGGGCAACAUCAGCCUGAGUGAGAACAAGAGCACCACCUUAAAUGGUUUGGAUCUGUUGCAAUACAAAGAUGUGUCCUUUGAAAUGUUGGCCUCCGCCUUCCCAGAGUGCCUUUCACAAUAUGUUGAGUACUCACAACGACUCAAGAUUGAAGCUGUGUACAGACCCCACUGCGAGAAGCAGAGUCGAGAGAUGGAGAGAAUACGGAGCGAGGAAAGUCUGUCUCUCCCCUCUGACAUGGACUACCUCUCCUUACCAGUGUCCCUCUCUCAGGAGGUCAGAGAGAUACUGGACCGAGUCAGGCCCAACACUCUGGGCGCUGCUACUCGUCUACCAGGCAUGACGCCUGCUGGGAUCAUCCACCUUCUCAACUAUGUCCUCAGGACCGGGCAGAGGAACAGACACACAGAGCACAGAAACCGAUCGAGCCAAAAAGAGGGGGGAAAGGGACAGCUGUGUGCAAGCAACAUACCGAUAUCUCAGUGAAAUAAUGACUAAGAAAAAAAUAAAUGUACAAAAACUAACUAUGGUAGUUUAGGAAAACAUCGCUGUUUAAUUUAAAAUGACCUGAGAUUUCAAACCAAACAAUUGUGCCCAAUUUCACUAAUUUCAUCUAUUCAGCCUCAAACAGUAACAAAAAAAUCUAACAUGCAAGCUAAAUUGAUUAUCAAGUGAACAUUUCUAGUUCUGUAACAAACAUUUUAGUGAAACCAGCACAACAGUAGUAGUACAACCAACAUUAUAUCCCACGUGACCUUUUUGAGGUCACUACUGUUGGUGGUGACAGUCUGUCCAUCCAGCUCGCCUGUCCCUCUGGAGAAGAAGUCAAAUGGAAAUUUCCACUUGGGCUGUGGCGUUCCCCUGGGGGGUUCUGGGUAGACUGUAGUGUCAACAAACAUCACCUCUGUGGUCACAGCGAAAGGCGAGACGAGGGGACACUGAAGAGGAGAAAGACCGUGUGCAGGGGGAAGAAGGUGGUUGAGAGGCAUUCCAGGUCAUUUAUUUUGCAGUGACAUGUCUCAGAAGACUGCAGCUAUAUCAUAUUAAUGUGGUUCCAGAGAAGUUCAACACUUCUGGCUGUAAAAUCUGCUCAGCACAGAUACAGCAAUUAUCAUACACAAUAAGCCCUUGAGGUUUAUGCACACGUUAUUGGGAUAGUUUACCGAAAUGACACGUUUCAUUGGUGAACUAUCCCUUUAAAAUGGCAAAGGAGGUCAUAGGACACCCACCAGUUUAAACUACAUUAACCGGGACUAGAGCAGGGGUAUUCAAGUCUUACCCUAUGAGGACCAGACUACUGCUGCUUCUACCUGAUAAUUAAAUUGCACCCACCUGGCAUCCCCAGGUCAAAAUAAGUCCCUGGGGACUUAUGGGGAGGGAAAAAAGCAGUGGAACUGGAUUUGAGGUCCAGAUUUGAAUUUGAGGGGAUUAGAAGAUAUUGAGGGAGCUCAAACUGUUCACCCACUGCAAGAGGAGACAUGCUUGACCCUUACCUUGACCUUCUGACAGUGGAAGAGGUAUUUGGCCCCUAGAAUGUAGUUCUGGGGAAAGGCCAGGAGACCUGUCUGAGCCCACAACACCUGGACUGACAGGGAGUGGGGAAGGAGACACCCGGACUCACACGACUCCUCCGGAGACUGAGGGAAGAGAGAAGACAUUUAUAUGUGUAGAAAAUCCCCCUGUUGAGGGACAAUCUUCUGUGUAUUCCACAAUCAUCGGUUGCACACGGCCUUGCGCUCCCUCUCGUGGUUUCACAGACUUAAUUAAUCUGCUGCAUUUCACCUGAUGCAAGCCUGCAUCUGUCAGCAGCUCCAUUUUAGAGAUGGUCCUUGCUAUCCGGGAUCAUUGGGACAUCCCUACCCCAUUGACAUUUAAAAUUAGGGGUUAAGGUUAGGGACAAUUCAAGGAUCCCAGAGAGCAGUAACCAUUUAGGGAUGGUUUGAAAUUUACAGAAUGGAGACCUGGAGGAGGGUCAUUAUUUACAUUUUUUUUUACUUCAAAAAAGGGGGAGGGUUUAGUUUUUUUUUUUUGGAAAAUAAAUAAAUAAAUAAAAAUCUAGUCCAGGGGAGGGUCAUGUAAUUUUUUGUAAUUUAUAUUUCAAAAUAAGUUGUUUAUUAGGCUAUAUAUCGAUGUGUGCUCAAUGUCUCCCCUCAUCUCUGAUUUUCCAUCAAUCAAAAUGAUCCAUGCGCCAUGCUCGGAGAAGCACAGCACAGCACACAGUUACACUCCAUUUAGACUUGAGUACCUUGAGCAUCAGCAAUUGUGGGUUCGAUUACAGGCUCAAAAUGGCCAGAAACAAAGAACAUUCUUUUGAAACUUGACUGUCUAUUCUUGUUCUGAGAAAUGAAGGCUAUUCCAUGCGAGAAAUUGCCAAGAAACUGAAGAUCUUGUACAACGCUGUAUACUACUCCUUUCACAGUACAGCGCAAACUGGCCCUAACCAGAAUAAAAAGAAUGGGGGGCCCCGGUGCAUGACUGAGUAAGAGGACAAGUACAUUCGAGAGUAUCUAGUUUGAGAAACAGACUAAACAAGGCCUCAACUGGCAGCUUUAUUAAAUAGUUCCCGCAAAACAACAGUGAAGAGGCGACUCCGGGAUGCUGGCUUCUAGGCAGAGUUCCUCUGUCCAGUGUGUUAUUUUUCCCAUCUUAAUCUUUAUUGGCCAGUCUGAGAUAUGCAUUUUUCUUUGCAAGUCUGCCUACAAGUCCAGCGUCCCGGAGUCGUCUCUUCACUGUUGACGUCGAGACUGGUGUUUUGCGGGUACUAUUUAAUGAAGCUGCCAGUUGAGGACUUGAGGCGGCUGUUUCUCAAACUAGACACUAAUGUACUUGUCCACUUGCUCAGUUGUGCACCGGGGCCUCCCACUCCUAUUCGAAUGCUCUUUAAAUCAGAACAACCGUUUUCAGCUGUGCUAACCAUGACACAGGAGUCAUGGUUGCUGAUAAUGGGCCUCUCCAUCAAAGAAUGAAGAUGUUUCCAGCUACAAUAGUCAUUUACAACAUUAACAAUGACUACACUGUAUUUUCUGAUCAAUUUGAUGUAAUUUUAAAUGGACCAACAAAAAAAAUAAUCAAAAACAAGGACAUUUCUAAGUGACAAACUUUUGAACAGUAGUGUACAUUUUAUGGACACAGUAUAUUUUACAUGUUAUUUUUUGUCCCACAUUUCAGCUCCCCUAUCUCUGAACACUAUCCAGUUUUGAUUUCUAUUUGCCAUAAUUUAACUCUGCCGUGAUGUUUCACAACAGUUAUGAAUCGUUUUAUUUUCAUAGUUUCUACAGAUUGUAAAUUAUACAUUUCUGCUAAGAGUAUUAUAUUAUUGAUCAACUGACAA